AUUUCUCUCUCUCUCUCUUUUGGUUGUCUUGACUCUUUGAACUCUUUCCGAGCAUCUCUUUAACUCCUCCCCCUUUUUCUCUGUUUAUAUAUAUACAUGGUAGUGUUGCCUCUCUUAUUCUCACAUCCCCUACGAGCUUGAGCCCUGCAGGGGUCAUAUACAUAUUAACUAGCAAACCACCAAAUCUCUCUCUCUCUCUCUCUCUCUCUCUCUCUCUCUCUUCUCUAGAUUUCUCAAGCCUCUCUUUCUAUAUAUCUCACUGUAGAAACAAUGGUUGCUCCCUUAGCAUCAUGGCCAUGGAGCAACUUAGGCAGUUGCAAGUAUCUACUGUACGGGCCUCUAGUAGCCAAGGUUCUCUACUCCCGGUACAAUGUCGAUCGUGGCAUUUCUGUGGAGUCCUCGUCAUGGUGUCUUCACCUCCUUGCACUCUCACUCCUCAGAGGCUUCAUUCACCAAGCGUGGUUCUCUUUUAGCAGCAUGCUUUUCCUCACGCGAAGGCGAAGAAUCAUCAAGGACGGUGUUGACUUCGAGCAGAUCGAUAAGGAGUGGGAUUGGGAUAAUUUCCUUAUUCUGCAAGUAUUCAUGGGAGCAGCACUCUUCUACAUGUUCCCAUCUCUCAUUAACCUCCCGAUAUGGGAUUUUAGGGGCUUGAUCAUGGCUGCACUUCUUCAUGUGAGCGUUUCUGAGCCACUGUUCUACUGUGCCCACAGAUUGCUCCACAGAGGCCCACUCUUUGAGAAGUACCAUUCAACCCACCAUUCUUCUAAAGUUCUUCAAUCUUUCACGGCUGGAUUUGGGACUCCUUUGGAGCACCUAGUCAUGAGUAUAGUGAUGGGUGCGCCCGUCGUAGGAGCCAACUUGAUGGGGUUUGGGUCCAUGGGGUUGGUUUAUGGAUACAUUCUGUUCUUUGAUUUCAUGAGGUGCCUGGGACAUAGCAACGUUGAGGUCUUCCCACAUAGAAUCUUCCAUGCCUUCCCAUUUCUUCGAUAUAUCGUCUACACUCCAACUUACCAUAGCCUUCACCAUACAGAGAAGAACUCCAAUUUCUGCCUUUUUAUGCCCCUUUUCGAUCUACUGGGAGGGACACUCAAUGACAGGUCAUGGGAAUUACAGAAGGAAAUAAGCUCAGCCAAAGAUGAUCAAGUUCCUGCGUUCGUCUUCCUCGCCCAUGUUGUGGACGUAGCCUUCUCUCUUCACUCGCCCUUCAUUCUUCGAUCUUUUAGCUCGUCUCCGUUCUCGGUGAGGUUGUGGAUAUUGCUUCUAUGGCCUGGUGCUUUUAUUAUCAUGCUCUUCAUGUGGGCAUUUUCGAAGACUUUCCUGCUUUCGUUCUACAACAUAAGAGGUCGACUUCACCAGACUUGGCUGGUUCCGAGAUACGGAUUUCAGUAUUUUCUGCCUUUUGCUAAGGAUGGGAUCAACGAUCAGAUCGAGCUCGCUAUCUUGAGGGCGGACAAGAUGGGCAUCAAGGUCCUCAGCCUGGCCGCACUGAACAAGAAUGAAGCGCUCAACGGUGGAGGCACGUUGUUCGUCAACAAACACCCCAACCUCAAAGUUCGAGUGGUCCAUGGUAAUACGUUAACCGCUGCGGUGAUCUUGAAUGAAAUCCCUCCAAACGUCGGUGAAGUGUUUCUCACCGGUGCUACGUCUAAGCUUGGGAGAGCCAUCGCGUUGUACCUAUGCAGAAAGAAGAUCCGAGUAAUGAUGCUGACCCUGUCAACAGAGAGGUUUCUUAAAAUCCAGAAAGAAGCUCCUGUAGAGUUUCAACAGUACCUAGUUCAAGUCACAAAGUAUCAAGCGGCACAAAAUUGCAAGACAUGGAUCGUGGGUAAGUGGCUCACACCGAGAGAGCAAAGGUGGGCUCCUCGAGGAACUCACUUCCACCAAUUCGUGGUUCCUCCAAUCAUUAGUUUCAGAAGGGACUGCACGUACGGGAAGUUGGCUGCGAUGAGACUUCCCAAAGAUGUGCAAGGACUUGGCAUGUGUGAGUAUAAAUUGGACCGAGGUGUGGUACACGCUUGUCAUGCCGGAGGCGUGGUCCAUAGCUUGGAGGGGUGGACUCACCACGAAGUCGGAGCCAUCGACGUUGAUCGAAUCGAUAUCGUGUGGAGAGCGGCACUAAAGCAUGGACUAAAACCUGUUUGAAUUGGAGUUGAUCUUAAAAUCAAAAAGAAAGAGGGAGAGAAACAUGUUCUGACCAUAUACUUGGUUUCUUCUAUUUUUCUAUUUUUAUUUCUCCUUUUUUUUCGUUUUUUUUUUCUUCCUUUAUUCAGAUUGUAACAAAAAACUUGAAGCAUUUAAUUAUGAAUUAUGAAUGGAUGGUUAUUUAAUA